UUUGCACCAAAAGCCAAUAAUGGGUGACUACAAAGGACCUCUUUGGCUACUAAUGGUAGCUCUAGCUGUAUGCAAUGUAUACAGUCUUCCUGGUGGACCACCUCUAGGUGGUGUAAACUUCGACAAUGUUUGCAAUGCCCUGAGGCCUAAUCCAACAUCAUCUCAUGGCAGUGGCACACCUGGAAAUGGUGGAUACAGACUGCAAAUGUCACCCUCAAUGACUCCAGCAACUAAUGGAUUCACCUACCAAGUUGACACUAACUAUACAAUUCGUAUUGUUGGCGGCACAAUCCAGGGGUUUUUGGUUCAAGCUAGGUUGCCUGGAAAUAAUCCACAACUUGGAGUGAACGCUUUGCUACUUGGAUCAUUUCAACCUGGGACAGCUGAACAGCAAACUUAUAACUGUGACCAAGAUGGAGCUACCCUCCGCGCAACAAUCACCCAUUCUGCUAGACAGAAUACUAAUGCAGUACAGUUCACUUGGACAUCACCUAUGAAUGCUGGAGAUGUGGAAUUUUACUACACUGUUGUGCGGGCAUUAAAUACUCAUUUUGAUGCCAUUAGUGCCUCUCAAGUUGGAGUGACUUUCCUUUCGACCACAACUGUUCCCCCUAGAAUUACAGUGGCCCCUGUGAGAGCUCCUGAAGAUUACCGCCUGCAGAUACUCAGUCCCACCGGUUGCUCUCGUGCUAGUUGUGAUCUGUUCAUUGGUAUAGACACCAACACUGGAGAUAAUGGAUUCCUGGAUAUCUAUAUGGAGGGUACAGCUGAAGGAUGGGUGGCUGUGGGAUUCAGUGAAACUCCUAACAUGUAUAUGGCGGAUGUUGUAUCAUGCAACAGACAGAGUGACAAUAAUAUGAUUGCGGCCAUUGAUAGUGCGAACCCACCUGGCCCCAUGGCCCGAGUCAAUCACAGAGACAUGGAUCAAGAUGUGACACUAUUCUCAUCUUCUUUUGAUGCCAGUACUACCAGACUCAAGUGCACAGUUUCUAAGCGUAUUGCACCCUCUAACGAAGGUGAAGACUUGGAUCUCAACAAUGAUCUCUUUGUGAUAUAUGCACGACGUGUGAAUGCCUCUACACAGCUGACUAAUUUGGAGAGCCAUGCUGAUGGUGGUACAGCUGUCAGAGGAGUAUCUGCUACCCAGCUUGCUAUUACCACGGGAACUACUGGCUCAACUCAACCACAAACUACUGCUCCCCCUGGAAACACUGUGGCUCCUGUGAGAGCUCCUGAAGAUUACCGCCUUCAGACACUCAGUCCCACCAGUUGCUCUCGUGCUAGUUGUGAUCUGUUCAUUGGUAUAGACACCAACACUGGAGAUGAUGGAUUCCUGGAUAUCUAUAUGGAGGGUACAGCUGCAGGAUGGGUGGCUGUGGGAUUCAGUGAAACUCCUAAUAUGUUUUCAGCGGAUGUGGUGUCAUGCAACAGACAGGGAGACACUAUUGUAGCCAUCGAUGGUUGGAACCAAGCCUCCCCAGCCAGAGCCAGUGACACAGACACCAUUCAAGAUGUGACACUAUUCUCAUCUUCCUUUAAUGCUACUACUAACAGACUUUCCUGCACAGUUUCUAAGCGUAUUGCGCCCUCUGGUACUGGUGAAGACUUGGAUCUCAACAAUAAUCUCUUUGUGAUAUUUGCACGACGAGUGACUGCCUCUACACAGCUGACUAAUUUGGAGAGCCAUGCUGGUGAUGGUACAGCUGUCAGAGGAGCAUCUGCUACCCAGCUUGCUAUUGCCACAGGAACUACUGGCACAACUCAACCACAAACCACUGCUCCCCCUAGAAACACAGUGGCUCCUGUGAGAGCUCCUGAAGAUUACCGCCUGCGGAUACUCAAUCCAGACGGAUGCUCUCGUGCUAGUUGUGAUCUGUUCAUUGGUAUAGACACCAACACUGGAGAUGAUGGGUUCCUGGAUAUCUAUAUGGAGGGUACAGCUGAAGGAUGGGUGGCUGUGGGAUUCAGUGAAACUCCUAAUAUGUUUUCAGCGGAUGUGGUAUCAUGCAACAGACAGGGAGACACUAUUGUGGCCAUCGAUGGUUGGAACCCAGUUGGUCGAGCCAGUGACAGAGACUCCAUUCAAGAUGUGACGCUAUUCUCAUCUUUCUUUGAUGCCAACACUAACAGACUUUCCUGCACAGUUUCUAAGCGUAUUGCACCCUCUGGUACUGGUGAAGACUUGGAUCUCAACAAUGAUCUCUUUUUGAUAUUUGCACGACGAGUGCCUGCCUCUACACAGCUGACUAAUUUGGAGACCCAUGCUGAUGGUGGUAGUACAGCUGUCAGAGGAGCAUCUGCUAACCAGCUUGCUAUUGCCACGGGAACUACUGGCACAACUCAACCACAAACUACUGCUCCCCCUGGAAACACAGCGGCUCCUGACAGAGAUCCUGAAGAUUACCGCCUUCAGAUACUCAGUCCCACCAGUUGCUCUCGUGCUAGUUGUGAUCUGUUCAUUGGUAUAGACACCAACACUGGAGAUGAUGGGUUCCUGGAUAUCUAUAUGGAGGGUACAGCUGAAGGAUGGGUGGCUGUGGGAUUCAGUGAAACUCCUAAUAUGUUUUCAGCGGAUGUGGUAUCAUGCAACAGACAGGAAGACACUAUUGAGGCCAUUGAUGGUUGGAACCGAGCCGCCCAGGCCCGAGCCAGUGACAGAGACUUUAUUCAAGAUGUGACACUAUUCUCAUCUUUCUUUGAUGCCAAUACUACCAGACUUUCCUGCACAGUUUCUAAGCGUAUUGCACCCUCUGGUAUUGGUGAAGACUUGGAUCUCAACAAUAAUCUCUUUCUGAUAUUUGCACGACGAGUGACUGCCUCUACACAGCUGACUAAUUUGGACAGCCAUGCUGAUGGUAGUGGUUCAGCCGUCAGAGGAGCAUCUGCUAACCAAUUUGUUAUUUCCACGGGAGAGGGGACAGUCGGAGGGAAUGUUUUUAGACCUAAACUGAUUCGAGCUCACGGUAUUCUCAUGAUUAUUGCAUGGCCUCUGUUGGCUGUCACUGCCAUCUUCUUUGCUUUGUUUAUGAGGCCAGCUCUGCCCAAUGGAGAGUGGUUUCAGGUUCAUCGAGCUCUCCUACUGUGUUCCUUGUUCAUUGGAGCUGUUGCUUUCAUACUCAUCUUCAUUGCUCUGGCGAAUACCAGAGGCCUUGUGGAUGUCACAAGUAAUACUAGUCUAACACAUCUGAUACUUGGAGUGAUUAUCAUGGCUCUACAAAUCAUCAAUCCAAUUAUUUCCAUCUUCCGAUGCCACCCUGGAACAAAAAAUCGUUGGAUCUUCAAUCUGCUCCAUGGCUCUGUCAUUGGACUGUUGGCUGAAAUACUAGCCUUGAUAAAUGUUGCGAUAGGAGUGUACAUCUUCUCCGCUAACUUGAGUCAAUUCCGUUCCACCCGGUCACCAUUCUGGGUGUUCCUAUCCUGGGACAUCUUCUAUAUACUACUGGUGGUGAUUCUCUUUGUUUUAUUUACUGUCAUAGCCACUUCAAGGAAAAUGAAAGGGUUGGCUCCGUCUGCUGUUCAAGCUCUGUUUCCAGCCAAUGAGAGCCAGAAGAAAGCUGAACCUGUUGGAAUCAACCUAGAUUCUGCUGUGGGAGACAAGCCACAGGAGAAGUCUGCACCAGAACGCAAGACCCCCUCCCAAGAUGCCCCCCUGCGUUGGGCCGCUCUUAUUGUCUACCUGGGCGUGACUGUACCAAUACUGUUGGCUGUGAUCAUCAUGGUAGCUCUCCCUCAGUAGAAACUCACAGAAUUGCAAAUUUAGCACAACAUUUAUAGUGUGUGAGGCAAAUUAUAAUAAUUGUAGAGCUAUAUAUUGUUGUCUGUUUUUUUAGUGAUUGUGUGCAAUUCUGA